AUUUCCUUAGCAAUCCGCUGGCUUUUCACUUAGUAGCAUACAUCGAAGGCAAACAUAUCGCGCGGCCAACGCGAACGAAGAACGAAGAACGAAAUUCGAAUUAGAUAUAGAAAUAGAUAUUUAAUUGCGAAAUAGAAAUUGAUUUAACAAAUUAUUUGCCCCAAUCAAUAUUCAAAUUCAAACAAACAAAGAAAAACCAAAUCAAAAAAAUUAAAACAAAAAAUUACUCAAAAAUAAAUCUAAAUAAAUAACCAUAACGAAACGCGCGCCAGCAAAAUUUGUUGCCAAAAAAUAAUCUUCAUAUAAAUUUCACCUCAACGAUAAUUUUGUUUUGUGGUGUUCCAACGCAAAUCUUGAUCAACCUUCAAUAAUUGAGCGUAUCAAUUAAUUAAUUUUGCAUUACAUAACGAACCGAAUAUCAUCAUAUCAUCAUUGGAAUUGUGUGUGAAAAUUCACACACACAUCUCUGGUUAUUUUAUACGCAAAGAAAGAAAAAAAAAACACAAAAUAAUAAAAACAAAUUAAGAAAAAGAAAUAUCAUUUUUAUUUUUACGCGGCGCUCGAUCAUAAAUAAACGUUGCCAACAAACGCGGCGCAAGAUAUAAAAGCAAAUUUAUAGAGAAAUUCGUGAAAUUCGUGAAAAAGUAAAACCCCAACAACAACAGCAACAACAACAACAUGGGCGCACAGUGGAGAGUCAUUAACGAGAACUACAAGAAUCUGGAGGGUUACAAGCGUGUCGCCUGGCCACCAGCCUCUGAGGAGCGCAUUGUGCGUGAAUUCACGCCGCAACCACAGCAGAGUCCGGCUCCGGGUAGCGGUGGAUAUUAUCCACAGGCCACGGCCAGUGGCAAUGCUGCACCACCUCAGGUUCCCAUUUAUAACAACGUUCAGCCUCGAACCCAGCAACAACCUCAACAACCCACUCAACAACAACCACCUCAACCUCAGCAACACUACCAGCAACAAUACCAUCAGCAACAAGCUGCACAAAAUGUUUAUGGUCCAAACACUAACUAUGCAUCAAACGGUUAUGCUCCAGCAGCAACAGUUGCCGCUCCACCUGCAACUGCAACUGCAAAUGCCACUCAAGUCCCAGCUAAUAACUAUAACUAUCCACAACAACCCAUCCAAUACACACAGGCACAGUUCAAUAGGCAACCAUCGAGGGAGCCUGCCCCAGUACCACAGCAGCAGCAGCAGCAGCAACAACAACAACAGCCUCAGCAGCAACAUUAUCAGCCAACUUAUCAACAACAGCAACAACAGCCCAUUCAUGCCGUAGACAAUGUGGGCGGUGGCUGGAAGCACAUUGGUGCACCUUCGCCCAAGACACACAGCGAUUUCACAGCUGCUGGUGUUGCACCAACAGCUGCCUAUCCCUCGUACCAGCAGCAGCAGCAACAGCAACAACAAUACCCACAUCAGCAACAAUAUCAAGCGCCAUCCAGCGAUAACCACCAGCAACAGCAGCAGCAACCACUGCAGCAACAUCAGCCAGCACCACAGCACUGGCAACAGCAACAGCAACAACACCAACCGCAACCGCAACAGCAAUAUCAGGCUCCUUAUCAGACGUCUCCUUAUCAGCAACAGCAGCAGCAGCAGCAACCCCAAAAUUAUCCACAACAAAAUGGUGGUGCUAACUAUGCUCAACCACAAUACAAUUCUUAUUCGCAGCCUCAGCAACUGCAACCACAGCAGCAACAACAAUUGCCAUACUCGCAGGAUCAGACCGAUCUGCAGCAACAUAGCUAUCGUGGCGCCAGUCCUGGCAUCAUAACCCUUCGCAAGGAGGCGCCCGUCUCGCAGCAACCUGCACCAGUCUACACUUCGCAGCCUGCCGCCGUCAGCUAUCAGGGAGGCAGCAAAUUGCGCGGAGAUUUGAAAUGGCCACCACAGGAGUACAAGGAGGCUGCUGUGCGUGAGAAUGAGGAGCGUCGCCUGUUGGCGUUGGGCCCUGUCUGCCGUCCCCGUAGAGUCAAUCGUGACUACACUACCUUCUUUGCCAAGCACCAAUUGAACUGCACCUAUCCUAGCUACAAGGUGCCACCAGGCACCCAGCAUAUGUUUGGUUAAGUUCGGAUCAAAAGAAGGAAGGAAAUUAAGAAGAUGAACAACAUAAAAAAAUAUAUAUAUCAAUGGAACCCACUUCAUAUAAUACUAAAAACGAUCAUGUAAAUGUUACUAAAACGACAACUAACGAAUGAAACUAUAUACUAUAAAAAAAACUAUUUAUGUAUAUUGUUCUACUAAUUUUAAAAGCUACUAACAAAGCAACUAUAUAUACGUAUCUAUAUAUCUAUCUAUCUAUUUAUCAUUAUUUAUAUAAUUAUGCCAAAACGAAACGAAUAUCAGGGUACGAAGUAUACCCAAUACUUCGGGCAUCUGAUUGGAGAUCAUAUAUCAGCAUGAUAAUGAUGGUAUAUGAGCAACAUGAUGAUGAUAAAGUAAAAGAUUCUAUUUUUCUAUGCUGCAUACGAAAUAUAUUGGAGCAUAUGCAUAAAGAUAAACAAAAAAAAUACUUUUAAAGUAUGAUUUAUGUUUGCCAAUAAUAAUUAUACUUAAGUUGAUAUACUAGAAACGAAACCUAGCAAAUGAAACGGAUAUGAUAUGGAAAAUGAAAAACUUUGUUAUGCUUUAUUAUUAUACAUAUUUUAUAUUUGUAAAAACGAACUAACAUAUCUAUCUAUUAUUAUAUAUUUACGCAAUGUUUUACUAUAACGACCGUGUGGGCAGUUUCGCCUAGAGCCACGCCUAUUUAGCUCCGAUUCUAGUUAAUAUGUUGGGAUGAAUAAACUGUAAAUUGAAUCGAUAAUAUCCACGCAUAUAAACAGGAAUCUAGGCGAGAUUAAGGACGGUUUCUAGACGCUGCUCUUUAAACGUGUCUCAUUGUUAAAAUAGUUUGAGUUUGCAUGCUUUUGUCUUUAUUUUGUUAAUACUAUACAUAUAAAUUUAUGUGUAUGUAUAUUUACGAAUUUAUUGUUAACGAGCAUAUUAUAAAAAAUGUCAAUCAACCGCUAAGUAAGUUAUACACCAUCAAGAUUAUGGAUAAAUUGAAAGAUCGUAUUGUCAGAAUGUACACUAGAAUUGUAAUUGCCUCGAAGCGAUAUCCUGAGGAUUGCAUAUCAACGUCCUUCUCCCCGGCAGGCAAUAAUAUGAGGAUGCCUUUGUCUGUUGUACGCGGAGUUGGCCAAAGUUCUGUGCGCUUCCUUUGGAGUCGCUUCGAUGGCUCAAAAUACUCUCAGACUCAGACUUACCUAAACAAAAUAAUGAUCAGCAAUGUCAAAACUAUGAAAUGGAUUUACCUUAUGUAUACAAUUUGUUGUAUAACUAUAAACAAUGAACAAUGAAAACUAAAAUAAAUGGCAAGUUUUUGAAUACUCGCGACGAGAAGAG